AUGGAGAUGCCGAGACGCCAGGGCUUCGUCACCGUUGGAUCGGAUCGGUACGCAGAGUGGCAGAACUUGGUGCUGCAAGCAACCACGGACGCGGUGAGCGAAGAGGAGGCACUGAUCGGAGAGCCGGCAGGACCCAUGGUCGAUCACCCGGAGUACGAUCCCCCGAAAAGAAAUCUGAGAUGCCCCGAGGCAGUCAGCAACCAGAUCGCAAAGGUGUCUGACGGGAAGGAAGACGAGAAUACAGCCGAGGAGCUGCCCGAAGGCUACGAAACCGAAGGCCUGAUUAAGACGAAGCCGAUCGAGAGUGCCUCGGAGCUACCAUCCGCGAAUCAAUCUUUGGAGGAUGAUCAAGUCUGCAUCCGCGAAGGGGAGAAACUCUUCGCCGAGGAUGUGGAUAACCAGAUGGAGGAAGCUGGAUCGCCGACGGCGAUGCUGAAUGAAGCAUGA